AUGACGCGCUGCCGUCUCCACACUUCGAGCGUCUCCCACGUGCUGCCGAUGCCGGGGUCGCCCUACGCAAGAUGCCUCGUCAAGGAGACCACGCAGCACCUCAGCCACGCCAAUCUGGACGGGGCGCGUGAGCGGCCCGCCAAGGCGGCGGCCGGCAGUGGCGUCGCCGAGCAGUCUGAGCGCGGCCCGUUGCGUCCCCAGGUGGACCUGACGGACACGCUGCUCGACUGCGCUACUCUGGAUGACACUACUCUCCACUGGGCCACUGCGCGGGGAGCAUCUUUUGUGGGAGCAUCUUUAGACCGCGCCCUUGGAGAGGGGCUCGUGCUCGCGGGCGCGGAUCUGACGCACGCUUCGCUGGCAGCAGCCACGCUGUCGGGCGGGCACGUGGCGGGCUCGCUGACCGGCGCGAGGUUUGAGGGGGCGUCGCUGGCUGGCGCGGCGCUGAGGGCCAUCGAGGAGUCGAGGAACGUCAUCUUUGACGGCGCCGACGCGAGUGGCAUCGUGUUUGAGAGCUGCACGAUGCCUAAAGCAUCGCUGCGCGGCGCCAAUUUGACGCACAGCACGUUCCGACUCUUCGACCUCGAGGGCGUCCUCUUUUCGCCCUCGACGGUCCUCAACGGCGCGACGUUCGACCGGUGCGACCUGAUCGAGCCGUCCCUCGAUGGCGUCAGAAUGGACUAUGCCUCUUUCCUCGACGCGCACUUUACCGACGCCUCCUUCGCCGGCGCUCCUCGCGCCAUGCAUCGCGCUCCUGGAGUGAAGCUGUCGAUUGCGAUGAGAGAGACGCGGGACUGCCGAGAAGGCGCUGACUUCAGCUACGCGACGCUCAGCGGGACCGACCUCAUCGGCGUUUCGCUUGCGCGCGCCCUCUUCCGCGGCACCGCUCUCCCGAACUCGCAGCUGAACGAGUGCUAUGUAGACGGCGCCGACUUCACGGGCGCGACAAAGCUCGAGACGGUCGACCUCCUCGGUCUCGUCGGCUCGCCAGUCGGAUUGUGCAACAGGCCAGGCGUGACCUGA